CGCGAGCAAUGAAUAUGCGGAUACAUAAUUGCCAAACUCACGUAUAAACCCAAACCAUGGAAACUAUAGACGCCAAGGGGCGCGGAGCGUUUAUUGUGGUGGAGGGGUUGGAUCGGUCGGGGAAGACGACGCAGACGAAGAAGAUUGAGGAGGCGCUCGUGGGAGGAGGUUAUAAAGUCAAGCUGAGGCGGUUUCCUGAUAGAACUACUGUUAUUGGGGAAAUGAUAAAUAAUUAUCUACAAAGUAAAUCUGAUCUGGAAGAUCACGUUAUCCACCUCCUUUUCUCAGCAAACAGAUGGGAGCUUGCGAAGCAGAUUGAGAAGGACAUAGCAGAUGGAUAUACCGUCAUCUGCGACCGUUAUUACUACUCUGGAGUCGUAUACAGUGCAGCAAAAUCCAAUCCAGAGCUGUCACUACCAUGGGCUCGGGAGCCAGAAGUGGGCCUCCCGAGACCCGACCUAGUCAUAUUCCUGGACUUGGAGCCAGAAGUCGCUGAAGAGAGAGGGGGUUACGGGGACGAGAAAUAUGAGAAGAGAGAGAUGCAGGAGAAGGUUCGGAAACUCUUCCAUGCGCUGAAUGACUCAGAAGAGGAGGAGGCGGAGGAUAUGGUCAUAUAUGACGCGGGAAAGUCGGUGGAAGAGGUGACCAAGGACGUCCUUCAGUCUGUUAGUUCUGUUAGCCUGGCUGUCAAGCAACGUCUUCACCCGGAGCUUAGAAAGGUUGGGAAGUGGAAACGUGAACAUUGAUGAGAUGAGUAAACACAUAGCCGCACCAUUCGAUGAUGUGUGCAACAAACAAUUGCAUUGUGAAAAUUUGUG